CCAGGAUUGGGGGGCGGGGCCAGACGCGGGGUGGGUGUGUGUGGGGGGUGUGUGUGUGUGUGUGUGUGUGUGUGUGUUGGUGUGUUGGGGGCGGGGAGGCGGGUGCUGGUCCAGGGGGCCAGACGCGGGAGCUCCGAAGCCUGGGGCCCGGCCACCAGCGCCCCGGGAGGCGGCCGCGCGGUUUGGCGGCUUUGUGGCGCUCGCGGGUUCCACCGCGGGCGGCGCGGAGGCGGGGUCGGACAGAGGCCCCCGCCGACCCCGGCACUCGGCGGGGCCGCGGGCGCCCUGCAUGGCCAGCCCCGCGCGCUGCGGCUUCCCAGUGCGCAAGAAUAGCCGCCUGGACGCCUUCCUGCGGAGGCAUCUGCCGCCCGAGGUCUACGACGCCGUCCGCGCCUAUGAGCAGUGCAUCGUGGUAUCUGACUCGGAGAAACACACCUUAAAGUACGUGGUGCUCACUGACCGGCUCAUCUACCUGACCGAGAACCCGCCCAAGUCCAUCCGACGAGUCGUGGCGCUGCGGGACAUCGUAGCCAUUGACCUGAUUGAUGAUUACCCAGAAUUUCUAAGUCCACCAGAUAGAGAAACCAACCAACACAUUCGUAUCAUUUAUUAUUCAACUGUUUUAAAAAAAGAGUGUGAAAAAUCAAAAGGUGUCAGGAAAUUCUUAUUUCCAUUUCAUCAUGCCAAUGCUAACAACAAAAAAGUCAAAGAAGAGAAUAAUGGGCCUAUCUUUUGGAGAGGCAAAAAGUCUAACAGUCUGAAUGAAUCCAUUUUCAGGUACCACGAGGAGAGCAGCACAGCAUCCAAGGACUCAACUUUCGGCCCUACUUCAGACCUGAAGAAGCUGUCCCUUCAUGGUCAAAGAGCCCGUGGACCCUUACCUAACCCCUCCAGGAGAAGUUGUCACCUCACAUCAGCCAGUAGCAAAGCUAGUGGGCCAUUUUGUAUAACAGACACAAAAGAACCCCAGGGGCUUUCAGAUCACAAAGACUCUCUAAGUGAAAUCCCUUUCAAGUGCAAUGGGAACGGAAAUGAGUUUUACUUAGGAAAUUCCACCCUGGCUUCCCCUUUACAGAGCAACCCAAACCUAGAGAGAAAGGAGUCAGAACUUCAUUUGUAUGUUAUUUCCACAACGUCAUCAAUAUUUCUGCACUUAAAAAGUUCAUGGAACAAUUAUAUUAUAAAAGCUACUCUUUUACAAGAUCCCCUAUAUGUUAGUGAGCUCAGUUCUGCUACUGGAAGUCAAAAGCCAUACAGAUCUGAGGAGAAAAUUAAGCACUUUGGUCAGCUUAAAUCUGAACUUUUUCUUAAAGACAACACGUUGAGGAAGAUACUUUGUUUAAUUACGGAACUUAAAGUAACAGCCCAGAAAAACUUCAUUCUGAAAAGACUUUUCUGGAAAACCAGUGACCUUUUCUAUUUCCUAGUGAACAAACUUCAUGAAUACUUGCCAGAGUCUAGGGAUAAGAAUGCACUUCACAAUAGAAGCCAAAGGGCUGAUGAGCUGGUGGUGUGCAUUGAAAUUAUACAGACUCUGGGACGGAUGUUCAGAGAAACAGAAACUGAGUCAUUGCGCCUGAACAUAUUAGCAGCUAAGACGGGAACACUAUUUAACCUUUUGGUAAUUUUAAUUAGCGAGCCUCAGAUUCCAAAAUCAGGUCCUGUGUUUGACAUCCAGUUGGUGGCUGACUCAACUUCAGUUGAGAUGUCUUUUGAUGCUGAGUUACAGAAGCUUAUCCUGGAAUAUACAGAUACAGCUACAGCACUUUUGUAUGAGAUACUUCUUGUCUUUCAGCAGGGAAAUCUUGGAUUGGAGUCAACAAAGUUUGCUAUUAGCUGGAUAAUGUCCUUUCUACAAAGUUGUCCUCCCAUAAUUACUUUUGUGGCCAGUAUCGUGAAACAAGUGGUGAAGGGCCUUUCAGCUUCAUUUCAGCUGCUAAGUCCUGGCCGAGCGGUUUUGUUGUACCAGCAGUUUUACAUCCUGAAGAGCUGCCUGCAGUACAGCAAGACUUUAGCUGAGUAUAUUAGGAACAACUACAGAGAAGAAUUCAGGUACUUUAUUCACAUGCCAGCAUUGGAAAAAAGGCUCCCAUUAUGUUACCCUAUUACCCAACCUACCACUCAACUUUUCCAUGAAGUUCUGAAAUUGGUUGAACAGAAACAAUCUGUGAAAUGUUAAUAAGAGUAUAAAAUGUUAAUUGGAAGUCAACUUAAUAUUUAUUAGAAAUACAGCUAUUCCUGUAUUCUACAAAAAAGAUCUUAUUUGAAGGUUCCCUCAAUACCUCUCUGAGAGAAGUCUUUAAAAAGAAAAUGUUCAAUACAAUGA